AUGAUAAAAGUUAUAACAGUUUUAAUGGUUUUGGUGGCAUGUUCCUAUUGCGAAGAUAACGAGGUGAUACUCGAGGAAGCGAGAGCUAAGAAAAAGAAAAAUGCUUUCAAACUUUGGGCCAUGAUCCUCCUGUUCGCGUUCUCAAAGAUAGCGAUCUUCAAAGUGGCAUCAUUCAUGUUCUUCUUCAUGAUAUUCCAAAAGUUCUUCUACUUCGCCGGAUUGAUGCUUAAUUUCUUCAUGAAGCAACAACUUGGGAAACCCUCGCCGACGCCCCCAACUAUGUAUGGUCCACCGGCAGAGUACAACACUGUUGGUUACAGCUAUGGACCUCCAGAGCCCAGUAAUGUGGAGAGUGUAUAUCCAGGGACGGAAUACGGUUUACCAGGUCUGACUGACAUUGGAGGGACCUUCAAUAACUGGUUGUUUAAUAAGAAUGCCUAA